AUGGACCUCUCCGUGCUCAACGACGCUGCCGCCGCCCCCGGGGCCGAGAAGGAAGACUCGGCGUUCCGUCAGAAGCUGCUGCACUGCUGCGGGUCCAAGAAGUGGACGGAAGAGAUGGCCAAGAAGUUCCCGGUGCGGGACUUCGAGCAGCUCUGCCAGGUGGCGGAUGAGGCGGACGCCUCGUUGACGCGACAAGAUUGGCUCGAGGCAUUUGCAGCGCACCCAAGGGUCCGCUACUGUAUUUGCAUUGAAUUAGACGGAAUAUUUGACGAGUGUGGUAUGAUGAUGCAGGCGACGAAGAACGCGGAUGAGGCCGUUCUGGACCGACUUGAGGAGCUCAACGAUGCGUAUUUCAAGAAGUUCGGAUACAUCUACAUUGUGUGCGCAACUGGCAAGUCUGCGCCCGAGAUGCUUCGUAUCCUGGCGUCCCGAAUCGACAACAACCCCGAAGACGAGCUGUCGGUCGCAGCACGCGAGCAAAGCAAGAUCACCAAGAUCCGCCUCGAAAAGCUGCUGCAAGAGUAA